CACCCCCCGAAAAGGAGAUUGGUAAAGAAAAUGUAAAGAGCAGUGCGAUCCCGACUUCUUGGCUUUGUUGAUUCGUGAAAGGUGGACCGACCCUCAAGCUAUUUAACCAGGCGACCUUUGCCGGAAUAGAUAUAACUUCUUAUCCCACGUUUUGUCGUUAUUCUUUCUCUUUAAAUGGUAUUGCCAAAGGUUUUCCGCCCCUGACAUUUCCAAUCAACUAUAUAUCCAACAUGCGUCUCACGCUUGCCUCUGUAGGGCUCUUUGCCGCUGCAAACGCAGCUGCGGUCGCUACUCCACAAGUUUCCAACCCAGACCCGUGGCAACAGUAUAAAGCUUACUGUUCCUCGAGUGGUGGCGGACCAGGCUGGGGUGGGUUCCUAAAGAUCCAUUCUGCGUUUUCAAAACUAUGGGCGAGCACGCCGGCGGGAUUUUGUGUCGCCGCAGACAACUGGGCGUGUGUGCAAUGCGACGACGUCUAUAUGUAUUUUGAACCGCAACUAUAUAAGAUUCCAUCAACAUGCUAUACCCCUAACGAAUUCGGUGCAGUUGCGACUUUAUUCAACGACGUUGCUCGAAAUGGCAAAUCGGACUGCACUAUAGGUGUUAAAGACGGACUUUGGGGAUAUGGUCUUGUAUCUCAGAACUUUGAAGUACAGGACCGUGGAUGCUUGAAACGAUGCUAAGAUGGAACCUAUGUUUGAGUGGCUGUGAAGCGGGGCUAGGGAAUGAAUGGCAUCACCAUACUAUAUAAGGUUCCAUAGCUUCGAUAGUACAUCCUGCUGUUUCGGUAGACGAUGUCAUACAGAUCUCAGGAGAGAAUCGGCUACCUUCAACUCACGCACAUAUGGCAGCCAAGAACACUGUCUUUGUUGCCACCGAUGAUAUUCGUCGAGUAUCUUUCAACUGCCAUGCGCGCCUUCGUUACGAAGACAUUGAAAGAUUAUACAAUAAACUGGAUUUUCCGCUAUAACUUGGAGUAAACUGUCACACUGGCACCACU